AUGAUUUCAUCUCCUUCGUAUCAGUUCCGAUGUUUGGGACAACCAGAGAUUCAACCCUUCCAUCAGACCUUUGUGUUUGUAGAAGGCUCUUGGAACGAUGAUCCACAUAAUGGCCAAAAAGAGAGUCAAAAUUUCUUGAUCUAUGAAAUUUCAAAUCUUCAACACAUUCAGUGCAAAGAAGUCUUUCGUGUGGAUGAUCUUUCUCAAUUGUCCGAUAAGAAUCGGAAAGAAGCACGUUUGAGUGAAGUAAAAUUGGAUUGGGAAUUGGCAUGGUUAUUGAAUCAGAAAAAUAAUUCAAGUGUUGUUGAAUUGAAUUCAGUCAACUCCAGCUCAUCCAAUUUGGAGAAGAAGGAUGAUGCCAGAAAAAUCAGAGCCGUUGGUCUGGUUGGAUGCUUGAUCAGUUCUCAUUGUACAUGUAACGAGCAUGCAAUGAUUACGAACUGGACUUUGCAAGGUGAAAUGAGCCAACAUGUUGAAAAGUAUCGAAAUAGAUCCAAUAAUAAUGCGGUUGGCUUUGUGAAUGGGAGAGCUCUCUUCAUGUCCUCUCUUGGUGUGAAUACGCUUCCAGAUCUUGAGAAAAUACUUGACGAUCGUGAUGAAAGUAUUGCUAUUGAUAAGGAAGGUGAUGAUUGCUCAACCACAAGUUUAGUUCUAGAGCCAGUGCAAAUAUUUACUCAAAACAAUUCUGCUGCAGCAACAACACAAUUCAGGGACUGUACAAAUAUCAUGAUGGUAUUGCCAAGCUCUAACAUUGCACAUAGAGAGUACUCCUUUAGUGGAAUUUACUUUGGUGGUUCAGUUUACAGAUAUUCAUUGAAGGAAGAUGGAUUUGUUACGAGUCAUCCAUCAAUUCCACUUGUCGAUGAAACCCUUUCGAAAAAUUUCUCCUUUUCUAGAGGUAGCUUUGGACGAUAUCCACGUUUUAUUCCUUUAAUUGAGAAUGGUCAACGAUUGAGAAGUUUUUUCUUCCAGGAAGGUAAAUUAUACGAAUUCGUUUGGAGUGAUGCUGAAUGUAGCAGCUUGAAAGUCGUUCAACAUUUGGAAUGGUUGAACAAUGAUUUUGAUAGUGUGACAAGAAUUGGCAAUGUUGGACUCUUGCUUGGUUCGAAUCAAAGUACCAUAUUUUUCAGGCCUCAAGAAAAAAUUUGCAAUGAUGAACCAUUUUCUAAGGCAAAAGGAAAGAUUUCUGUCUUGAACAGAAAGCUCAAUGGUGAUGUGUUUUGGUGUGAAGAAUCGGAAUGUGUUGCCCAAUUCAACAACCAAUCACCACAAAUGUUUGAAAAGGUACUCUCUUUGCAAGAUUUAUUACAAUUGGAAUUCAAACUUGUGAGUGAGCUAUUCGAUGAAGAAUCUGCUUUGAAAGAUUUGGAAUUCUCUUGUUAUGUACCUCGUGUACAAAACUCCAAAUUAUUAGAAAUUGUGAACCCUUCCAAACUUCAUCGUCAACAACCAAGAAUAUCCAUUGCUUACCAGUGUGCUGAGAAUAGAUAUAACGACAUGGAAAUUAUUGCAGGAAUUGGCUGUAAAGAAUGUCAAGACAAGUUGGGAGACAUUAUUAGUGAAUCAUAUGUGGAACUUGAACCUAAAGAUUUUGCAUCCUAUCUCGGAGCUCCAAUCAUGCAUACCACGUCAUGGUUCGCAGAUCGUUUAGAAUAUCGUUAUUUUAUUUUGGACAUGAAGGAUGGGAAACAAUCAAGUGGAGUCAUUAACGUUGCAAGUAUUAAUGGUGGAUGUAGUUCUACAACCACGAUCGAUUUGAAUGAAUUAGUGAAGAAACGUGACACCAACGUAAUGACCGAUGAAACUUGCGAUACCUUUUCAAAGAAGAAUUCAAAGACCUUUAUUGGUAUUCUUUCACCCAAAUCUCAAAUCACACAAAUUGGAGAGAACACUGGUGGAGUUAUUGUCCAAAAUGUGAAACCUGGAUUGUGGAAAUGGGCUCAAUAUGGCUGUGAUUCGAAAGAAUAUUCAGGUACAGGCAAUGUGGCUCAGCUCGUUGCGGUUCAUGGUGAUUACAAACACUUGUUGCAAGAUCCUAAAAUUUGGAUCGUUCCAGAAGGCACUUAUGGUCACACACUCGAUCGUUCUAGAAAAAUUGAAAAGACUGAAUUUCAUGAACAAGAAUUGGAAGGAGGAUGGUAUGUCAUGAAAUUGGGAGUUGGUGUCGAUGUUGCAAUGGCUGGAAUUUAUGAUCAACAAUAUUUCAACGAUGCCUCCACAUUGGAACUUGAAAAGAAACAAAAACCUUCGGCUCUUGAUCUUAAUUUUAAAUUUAGUUUUCAAUCGGAAUGGCAAGAAUAUGUGAGUAAGGUAAUGGAGCAAAGAGGCUAUCCAAGUAGUAUUCCUGUACCUUAUGGUAUUAUUUCUUCGAGUGGUUAUGGAGAUGGAUGUUAUGCUUGUUUGUUUAAGAAGAGUGAGGAUCAUGUGGUUGCUGUGAAAUUGGUGUUUGUUAACGAAACUAGUCACAGUGAUGACGAUGAGUAA